GAGGACGAGCCCCCAGCCGCCUCUGCCUCGGCUGCAUCGCCGCCCCGGCGUGACGAGGAGGAGCAGGACGGCGUCCCGGAGAAGGGCAAGAGCUCGGGCCCCAGUGCCAGGAAAGGCAAGGGGCAGAUCGAGAAGAGGAAGCUGCGGGAGAAGCGGCGCUCCACCGGCGUGGUCAACAUCCCUGCUGCAGAGUGCUUAGAUGAGUACGAAGAUGAUGAAGCAGGGCAGAAAGAGCGAAAACGAGAAGAUGCAAUUACACAACAGAACACUAUGCAGAAUGAAGCUGUAAACUUACUAGAUCCAGGCAGUUCCUAUCUGCUACAGGAGCCACCUAGAACAGUUUCAGGCAGAUAUAAAAGCACAACCAGUGUCUCUGAAGAAGAUGUCUCAAGUAGAUAUUCUCGAACAGAUAGAAGUGGGUUCCCUAGAUACAACAGGGAUGCAAAUGUUUCAGGUAAUCUGGUUUCAAGUAGCACACUGGAAAAGAAAAUUGAAGAUCUUGAAAAGGAAGUAGUACGAGAAAGACAAGAAAACCUAAGACUUGUGAGACUGAUGCAAGAUAAAGAGGAAAUGAUUGGAAAACUCAAAGAAGAAAUUGAUUUAUUAAAUAGAGACCUAGAUGACAUAGAAGAUGAAAAUGAACAGCUAAAGCAGGAAAAUAAAACUCUUUUGAAAGUUGUUGGUCAGCUGACCAGGUAGAAGAUUCAAGACUCAAUGAGGAAAAAAUAUUUUAAACUACUGAUUGAAUGUUAUGGUCAAUGCUAGCACAAUAUUCCUAUGCUGCAAUACAUUAAAAUAACUAAGCAUGUAUAUUUAUUUCUAGAAAAUGGAUGUUUGUUUUCAAAAUAUUUCUUUUUCAUUAUUGGUUUUAAAAAAAGCAUCAACCUUUUAUCUCACAAAUAAGUAAUAUCUUUCAGUUAUUAAAUGAUAGGUAAUACCUUUUUGGUUUUGUGUGGUAUUCAACUAAUACAUGGUUUAAAGUCACAACCAUUUGAAUAUAUUUCAUCUUUGGUAGUACCUUUUCUCCCUUAGGAAUAUACAUAGUCUUUGUUUACAUGAGUUUAAAUACUUUUGGGAUAUUACCUACACAUGCCUUAUUACUGAUGUGUGCAACCUUUUAUGUGUUGAUGACUCACUCAUAAAGGUUUUUGUCUACUGUCAUUUCUUUCCACUUAUUCUAAGCAUUUAGAGUAAUAGAGUCAUACUUUUGUGUAACAGUAUCCUUUUAAAAGGAAACCUCUUACAAAGUCACUGUCAUGUUCUAGUCGAUUAAAUAUAAAUUUAAGAGAAUACUUGAAUUGUGCUAUAAUAAAAAAAUUUACUAUUUUGUGUUUGAAUAUUGAAAAAUUGAAUCACUUUAACUCCUGAAAAACAUACAAUUUUAAUUUUAAUGUAAAAUUUCUUAUGUAGGUACUACUUUUUUUUUAUUGUUCUAAGGUUUGCAAGUGAACAUAGGAUAUUUUAAAAGUUGUUUGUUCUUCAGGCCUGGAAAGUGUACAAAGUCAGUGUAGGAGAAAAAAAUCCAUAUUUUUAUUAUAUUAGCAUGCACACUAAAAUAAAAACCAAAAUGUUAUUCAUACUUAAAACAUUUAUACAAAACAAUAUGUAAGCAGAAAUAGUACUAAAAU